GACCGGAGCGUGCGGGGCGGGGUUGGCGGGGCCGGAUCCUGGCUGGCGCCCGGGCGGGUCCUAAGGUGACCCGCCGCCUGGCCGGCUGGUUCCUGCGGCGGUUGCCAGGGCGGCCCGGUCGCGCGGUCCUUCGCCAUGUACACCUUCGUGGUGCGCGACGAGAACAGCAGCGUCUACGCCGAGGUCUCCCGGCUGCUGCUCGCCACCGGCCACUGGAAGAGGCUGCGGCGGGACAACCCCAGGUUCAACCUGAUGCUGGGAGAAAGGAACCGGCUGCCCUUCGGGAGACUGGGUCAUGAGCCUGGCCUGAUGCAGUUGGUGAAUUACUACAGGGGAGCUGACAAACUGUGUCGCAAAGCUUCUUUAGUGAAGCUCGUCAAGACCAGCCCAGAACUGGCUGAGUCCUGCACAUGGUUCCCGGAGUCCUAUGUGAUUUAUCCAACUAACCUCAAGACCCCAGUUGCUCCAGCUCAGAAUGGAAUCCACCCGCCAAUCCAUAGCUCAAGGACAGAUGAGAGAGAGUUUUUCCUGGCUUCUUACAAUAGGAAGAAAGAAGAGGGAGAGGGCAACGUUUGGAUUGCAAAGUCAUCAGCUGGAGCCAAAGGUGAAGGCAUCCUCAUCUCCUCGGAUGCUGCGGAGCUGCUGGAUUUCAUAGACAACCAGGGCCAGGUGCACGUGAUCCAGAAAUACCUCGAGCGCCCGCUGCUUCUGGAGCCCGGUCAUCGCAAGUUUGACAUCCGAAGCUGGGUCUUGGUGGAUCAUCAGUAUAAUAUCUACCUCUAUAGAGAGGGUGUACUUCGGACUGCUUCAGAGCCGUAUCAUGUGGAUAAUUUCCAAGAUAAAACUUGCCAUUUGACUAAUCACUGCAUUCAAAAGGAGUACUCAAAGAACUAUGGGAAGUAUGAAGAAGGGAACGAAAUGUUCUUUGAGGAGUUCAAUCGGUACCUAACAAGUGCUUUGAACAUCACCCUGGAAAGUAGUAUCUUACUACAGAUCAAACAUAUAAUAAGGAGCUGCCUCAUGAGCGUGGAGCCCGCAAUCAGCACCCGACACCUCCCUUACCAGAGCUUCCAGCUCUUCGGCUUCGACUUCAUGGUGGAUGAGGAGCUGAAGGUCUGGCUCAUUGAAGUCAACGGCGCCCCUGCUUGUGCCCAGAAGCUCUACGCGGAGCUGUGCCAGGGCAUUGUGGACAUAGCCAUCGCCAGCCUCUUCCCGCCCCCCGACUCGGGGCAGCAGCCGUCCCAGCCGGCCGCCUUCAUCAAGCUGUGACUGAGGGAGGUGCUCGAAGAUGCCUCGGAAGAAGCACGAGGGGGCCCUGCCCCGGGGGAAGGAGAAGUGUCCGAGUUGCUCGUCAUCAAACCAAACAGGAGGAAGAGAGACAACCCACAGAGACGGUGCUGGGAGAAGAAAAGGCAGCUUCCCCGAGGAGUGGUUGUUUGCCCAGGGGUUCCCAGCUGGAGCUCUGGGCACUGCUACCGAGAUUCGAAAACUGCAGCAAAUUUCGCCAGUGGGAGAGCAGAAUAUUCUUCUGAGGGACAAAAACAGGGAUGUGCUUAUUUUACGUUCUCAUCCUUUGAAAAAUCUGAUUUUUAUCCUAAGGUAGUGCUGUGAGCAGCUCCUCUCCUGCCCGGGGUGGCAGCCGUUGGAUCUGGUUGGUGUCUGUCCACCUGCUGCAUUAGUGCCUUAGCUCUGUGCCCAGCUACAGCCUCCUGUCUGGGGCAAGAGCGGGAUGUGAGAGCACUUGGGAGGUCGCCGGUGUGUCCCCCGCUAGUCCCACAGGCAUCUGGACAAGCGCGCACCGACCAUCCUGCGUGCUGGGCUCUGUGGACGCUGCCACGCCAUCAGGGGGUUUGCUCAUCCUGGUCCUGAGGGCAUCUGGCCGGUCACUGGCCAGGGUUGGCGUGGGCUGGGCACCAAACAGCAAAUGCUGCUCUCAGUCUGCUCUCUGCAUGUUUUAGAAACCUAGCAGCAAGUUUGCUGCAAACCCAUAAGCAUCCAAUAAGCAUGAGAGAGGAAAAAACAUAACAUCCUGCUUUACUUAAUAGCUGCGUGGGGGUGGGGGGGAGUCUUUGAAAUACGAUUCUCAGUUCUCUUUGUUUUAACCAGAAUUUUACAUGCCCUUUGGCCAAGUUCCCUUUCGUUCUGUUUUUUUGGGGAUUUAACUUUUGUAAAAACCCUUCUAGGGGUCAGGAGAGGGUAGAAUUCCCCUUCCCUCCACCCCAGGGGGCUCCUCCCCAUUCUGUU